AUGCGGCUCACACUCUUUCCCGGGCUGUUAGCCGCCUCGCUGCUGGCGUCAUGGCCGGCCCCGGCUCAGGCCUGGCGCCCGACCGACCGGGCGGGGCCCAUGUGCUUCGACGCGUGCCAGAUGACCCUGCGCGAACCCUUCUUCGAGGACGUGCGCAAGGGCUCCUCCAAGACGGCGCGCAACUGCCUCAGCCGCCUCGCGCUCACCUCGCUGUACCUCUGCCUCGAGGUGCACUGCCGCCCGGAGUCUCGAGCGCCAGGGCUCGCCGCGCGCAACGAGUCAUGCGUGCGCAGCCUGCAGACGCCCAUCCUGCCGUACGACAUCAUCGCCAACUACACCGACGAUGUCGUAGCGGGCCUGCGGCACGUCACCGACGACGAGGUCGACCACAUCCUCGUGCUCAACGAGGUCGUGCUGCCGUCGGAUGAGUUUUAUGCCGACGCCCACGACACGCUCGCUGCGGUGGCUUAUGUGCACAAGUACCACUAUCUCUAUGGUGGCGCUGUCCUAGCCUAUUGGGUGUGUGUUGUCGCCAUCGGCCUGCUAAGUCGCGUGGUGGCUGCGGUGUGCAUGGUCAGGCGAAGAGACUGGCGACCUGUACCACAGAGGGAACAAUUCGAGAGUGACGAUCCAGCUUCGGAAGCCAAGACUAUCGCCUGGACGAGCAGACCGAGCCUAUGGCUGAGGCGGCAUUUGACUGUCCCGGCAACGUUUGGCUACAAGUGCGCUCAGAAUGUUGGAUGGUGCACUGUCCCGCCAAGGAUACAGAGCUUGACCAUUGCGGCUUUCAUUCUCCUCAACACCUUCUUUUGCAUUCAUGGAUACACAGUCUUUGAAGGCAAUCUUUAUUUCGGAACCAUCUCGAAACAGAUCUGGCGCUAUCUGUCAGACCGUACCGGCAUCAUCUCGUUCGCCAACUUCCCCAUAAUCUGGCUCUUUGGGAUGCGUAACAACGUGAUGAUGUCCCUGACUGGCUGGGACUUUGGCACCUACAAUAACUUUCAUCGCUGGGUGGCCCGUGUGGCUACGUUACAGGCAGUCAUCCACUCGGUCGGCUAUACCUAUCUCAUCUUUGAAGAUGGCGGCUGGCAAUACUUCAAAUACUUCCUGGCCCAAUUCUACUUCUGGACUGGUGAAUUGGCUACCAUAUUUAUGUGUUUCAUCCUCAUCUUCUCGGUGUUCUGGCUGCGCCGGAAUCUUUACGAGCUAUUUCUCAUUGUGCAUAUCGUGCUUUCAGUCUUGGUUCUCAUCACCAUGCUGGGACACGUCUCUAUUUUCAAAGGCCGUUUUGACUUCCUCUUCUGGAUCCCGGCCGUGAUCUGGAUCUUGGACCGCAUCUUUCGAGGUCUUCGUGUCGUUGCUUUUAAUCGCAAAUUCUGGAACACACCUGCUACCGCCACAUACAACCCAGAGUCGAACAUCAUCCGACUUAGCAUCCCUUACCAUACCAGCUUCUAUCAACCCAAACCGGGUACCUUCUAUUACCUUCACGUCCUCAAUGACAUACGCUUCUGGGAAUCACAUCCAUUUACCGUAGCAUCUACGACAGCCACCCGCCAAGUCCUCGGCGGCCACGCCGCAGACCAGGACGCCGCGCUCGGCGACGAAGCGCCACUGCUGCUCAGCGGCGGCGUCGGCUCCGACGGACCCGCCGGCAAGGCCCCGUCGACAAUGACCUUCCUCAUCCGGCCCUACGACAGCUUCACGGCCCGGCUGCGCGACAGCGCGGCCGCGGCCUGGCCCAAGCCGGCGCACCUGCGCGUCCUCGUCGACGGGCCGUACGGCCACACGCAGCCCUUCCACCGCUUCGACCACGUGCUCUUCGUCGUCGGCGGCAGCGGCAUCGUCGUCCCGCUCUCGCACAUGGCCGGCCUCGACGCGCCGCGCUCCGUUCGCAUCGUCUGGGCCGCCCGCGAGCGGGGCUUCGCCGCCGAGGUCCUGCGCGAGGACUUUGGCGACUCCCUGGACGCCGCCGUGGCGACGCGCGCCGUGGACGGCGGCGCGGGCGAGCGGCUGUCGCUGGACGUGUACAUCACGAAUAAAGAAGAGGUAGACGAGGAGGGCGGCGAGGAGCAGUCCUCCGCGCUGCGGCUGCCUGAGGGCGUGAGGAUGCUGUCUGGACGGCCUGACGUCGCUGGCGAGGUCGAGGCCGCGGCGAGGGCGGCGCAGGGCGGAAGUCUGGCGGUUGUUGCGUGCGGGCCGCCGAGGAUGGCGGACGAUGCGCGGAGGGCGGUCGUGAGCGUGCUGGGCCAGGGUUUUGUUGGGGUGGAGUACUUUGAGGAGAGCUUCACUUGGUAA